GUAUGAUUCACUAUUUCUUAAACAUAUUUUUUUUCUUUUUAAUUUUUGCCGUUUGUAUACAUUUUCUCUUUCCUCCGCAUUUUCCCAAUUUCCCUCCCCAAAAUCUGAGUUUCCCUCACUCGGUAGACCUAAGUAUUUUCAUCCCUCUCCCAAAUCUCCAAAUUUUGGAGUUGAUUUUGCUAAAACUCAAAAACCCAUUUGAACCUAACUGCCAAAUUCAUUUCCUCGACUCUAAUCCAUCAAUGAUAGGAGGUCAAUAGGUUUUAGGGGCCCAUCUGGUGAAGCUUCAUGGCUUCUAAGCGGAUUUUGAAGGAACUCAAGGAUUUGCAAAAGUCCAGGUUCAAUGUUAGUUACUCGAGAACAAGGCUUCAGUGGUUUUUGCUCGGCUUCAGUGGUUUUUGCUCGACUUCAGUGAUUGCGUAGACAUUUUCUGGCAACCUCUGCAACUCUGAUCUCCCUCUCUCUUUCAUUAAUCAUUCUAAGAACUUAAAAUUGCAUCUUUUAGGUCUCUUAUCAAUUUUGCAGUCAACUCAAAUUUAUUUUGAAUUUUUUUUAUUCUUUCUAUUGAAUAUGAAUUGAAAUUGUGUGGCUAGGUGGAGCGUUAUCUUUGUUGGGCUAUCCGUUUCUCAAUGUUUGUGGAGAAACGAGACUAAAUGUAUUAUCUGUCUGAUCUAUGUUCAAAACUAUUAUUGAUUAUUAUACUAAUUAAUUUUGUCUGCUUCUUAUGUAGUGUGCUUCCAAUUGCUUUAAAUCUUUACUUGCAACAUCCAGUUUCUUGCUUUACAUAAUAAAAGGCUACAAAGCAU